AUGCCGGCCACCAACCAGGGCUGGCCCGAAGACUUCGGCUUCCGGCUGGGCGGCUCGGGCCCCUGCUUCGUCCUGGAGGUGACAGAAGGGAGCAGCGCACACGCCGGGGGUCUGCGGCCCGGGGACCAGAUCCUGGAGGUGGAGGGGCUGGCGGUGGGUGGCCUGAGCCGCGAGCGCCUCGUGCGCCUGGCCCGGACAGUCCGAGUCUACAAGGGCAACAAGAGCUUCGGCUUCACGCUGCGCGGUCACGGGCCUGUCUGGAUCGAGUCUGUCCUGCCUGGGAGCCCGGCUGACAAUGCGUCCCUCAAGUCAGGCGACCGGAUCCUCUUCCUCAAUGGACUGGACAUGAGGAACUGCUCCCAUGACAAGGUGGUAUCCAUGCUUCAAGGCAGUGGCGCGAUGCCCACACUGGUGGUGGAGGAGGGGCUCGUCCCAUUCGCCAGCGACUCCGAUUCCUUGGAUUCCCCCAACCCGUCCUCGGCGCUCACCUCCCUGCAGUGGGUGGCAGAGAUCCUGCCCUCCAGCAUCCGGGUGCAGGGGAGGACUUUCAGCCAGCAGCUGGAGCACCUACUCACGCCUCCCGAGCGCUAUGGGGUCUGCCGGGCCCUUGAGAGCUUCUUCCAGCACAGGAACAUUGACACCCUCAUCGUGGACGUCUACCCGGUGCUGGACACACCUGCCAAACAAGUUCUUUGGCAGUUCAUCUACCAGCUGCUGACUUACGAGGAGCAGGAGCUCUGCCAGGAGAAAAUUGCAUGUUUCCUGGGCUACACGGCCAUGACAGAGCCGGAGCCCGAGCUGGACCUGGAGCCGGAGCCCGAGCCCGAGCCCGAACCAGUGCCCGAGCUGCAGCAGCGAAGCUCCCUGAGAGCCUCGUCCAUGUGCCGCCGCAGCCUCCGGUCCCAGGGCCUGGAGGCCAGCCUCAGUUGCGGUCCCGGCGACUGCCCCGAGAUGCCUCUUCCUCUAAUCCCAGGCGAGCGCCAGGCAGGCGACGGCACGUCCCUCCCCGAGACCCCCAAUCCUAAGAUGAUGUCAGCCGUCUAUGCGGAGCUCGAGUCCAGACUGAACAGCAGCUUCAAAGGGAAGGUGGGGACCACGUCCAGAUCCCGUGCCUCCCCACCAGGGCCCAGCCCAGCAGGCCCAGCAGGGCCCAGGACCCUGUCCAGCGUCUCAUGGCCCAGCGAGCAGCACCUACCCUCCCCCUGCUACUACCCACUGUGUUCAGGGGGCCUGGCCUCCCCCAGCAGCUCUGAGUCCCACCCCUACGCCAGCCUGGACAGCAGCAGGGCGCCCUCCCCACAGCCAGACCCCGGGCCCAUCCGCUCCGACAGUCCCCCCAGCCCGGACCCUGCCCGCCCGCCGAGCCGCAGGAAGCUCUUCACUUUCUCCCGCCCCGUGCGAAGCCGGGAUACUGACCGCUUCCUGGAUGUGCUGAGUGAGCAGCUGGGCCCCCGGGUCACUGUCGUGGAUGAUUUCCUGAGCCCUGAGAAUGAUUAUGAGGAGAUGAGCUUCCACGAUGACCAGGGAAGCUUUGUGACCAAUGAACGGAGCAGCGCUAGUGAGUGCAUCAGCAGCAGUGAGGAAGGCAGCUCCCUGACCUACUCCUCCAUCUCCGACCACAUCCCCCCACCCCCGCUCAGCCCCCCGCCUCCACCACCUCUGCCCUUCCAUGACCCCAAGCCCAGCUCCCGCACCCCUGAUGGUCCCCGGGGCCCUGCUCAGGUGCUGGCCAAGCCCCUCACCCAACUCAGCCACCCAGUCCCUCCACCGCCCCCGCCACCCCUGCCCCCACCGGUGCCCUGUGCACCCCCCAUGCUGUCCCGGGGCCUGGGCCACCGCCGAAGUGAGACCAGCCACAUGAGCGUCAAGCGCCUGCGGUGGGAGCAGGUGGAGAACUCGGAAGGCACCAUCUGGGGUCAGCUCGGGGAAGAUUCUGACUAUGACAAGUUGAGCGACAUGGUGAAAUAUCUCGAUUUGGAGCUCCACUUUGGCACCCAGAAACCUGCUAAGCCGGUGCCUGGGCCUGAGCCCUUCAGGAAGAAAGAGGUGGUGGAGAUCCUGUCUCACAAGAAGGCCUACAACACCUCCAUCCUGCUGGCUCACCUGAAGCUGAGCCCCGCGGAGCUGCGGCAGGUGCUCAUGAGCAUGGAGCCCCGGCGCCUGGAGCCCGCGCACCUGGCGCAGCUGCUGCUCUUCGCGCCCGACGCCGACGAGGAGCAGCGCUACCAGGCUUUCCGCGAGGCGCCCGGCCGCCUCAGCGAGCCGGACCAGUUCGUCCUGCAGAUGCUAUCGGUUCCCGAAUACAAAACCCGCUUGCGCAGCCUCCACUUCCAAGCCACCCUACAAGAGAAGACAGAGGAGAUCCGGGGCAGCCUGGAGUGCUUGCGCCAGGCAUCCCUUGAGCUCAAGAACAGCCGGAAGCUCGCCAAGAUCCUGGAGUUUGUGUUGGCCAUGGGCAACUAUCUCAACGAUGGACAGCCCAAAACCAACAAGACCACAGGCUUCAAGAUCAACUUCCUGACAGAGCUCAACUCCACCAAGACUGUGGAUGGGAAGUCCACAUUCCUGCACAUCCUUGCCAAAUCACUGAGCCAGCACUUUCCAGAACUCCUGGGCUUUGCUCAGGACCUGCCCACUGUGCCCCUGGCUGCCAAAGUCAACCAACGGGCCCUGACCAGUGACCUGGCUGACCUCCAUGGCACCAUCAGUGAGAUACAGGCUGCUUGCCAGAGCAUGUCCCCCUCCAGUGAGGACAAGUUUGCUGUGGUCAUGACGUCCUUCCUAGAGACGGCCCAGCCGGUGCUGCGGGCCCUGGACGGGCUGCAGCGCGAGGCCAUGGAGGAGCUGGGCAGGGCGCUGGCCUUUUUCGGCGAGGACUCCAAAGCCACCACCUCCGAGGCCUUCUUUGGCAUCUUCGCAGAGUUCAUGAGCAAGUUCGAGCGAGCACUCAGUGACCUGGAGGCUGGGGAUGGCCCACGCAGCUCAGGGAUGGUUUCACCCCUGGCCUGGUGACCUGCGGAGCCCGUCCUGCCUGAGGCCUGUCCCAGUGGCCUGGAGCAGCCCAGAGCGGCCUGGGUGUGGGAGAUGGGGCCCGGCCUCCCCGUGUCUCCAGCUACCUCAGCCAUCAGGCUCUGGGCAGUGGGAAAGUGCAGGGUCCGCCGGCUUCCCCUCUGUGGGCCUUGGCACCCACCGGGGGCAUGGGGCAGAGAGAGGCGCCAACUCCCCGGGGAAUGUGAACCUUGGCUGCCCACCGGCGUGCUCCCACUGGGAGGCCUGGCUUUGCCCCGCCUCACUCUGGGCCUUGGAGCAGGUGCUGGCUGUGCACACCCUCCAGACUCUGGUCUGGUCCCAGGGAGGGGUGGCGGGGCUGCGACCCACCAGGGGACUGUGGGACGGCCCCCGCCCUGGGGCAGCGUCUGCUGUCUGCCCCACUGAGCUUGGCCAGAGCCCGCUCUGCCCCAAGCAAGGACAUCCGAAUCUCCUUUUGGAGCCUGCUUCCAGUGGGCUGGAGGGACACCCUUGCAGAACACGCACUCUGGAGCCUAGAGAAGGUGACAGACGCCCUGGAACAUGCCAUGCCAGUGGGCACAAUAGGCCUUGAGGUCUCCCACCCAGCCCUGGCCUCCUGGGGCUGCUUGGAAGAAAGCGGGAGAAAGGACAGCCUCAGGUGCAGGGACCUGGGGGCCUGUGCACCUAGCCUGGGUCUUAGAAGCUGGAAGAAACCGCAGUUGGCUGCAGCCCAGAAGCAGGGCCGGCAGGACAAGUGCCGGGCAGGGAUACAGGGGAGGACUGGAUUGGGAAGACACGCUAUGUCAGACUGGAGAAUUGAGGGUUUUUAUCCAGCAGACAAAUUUAAGUCCAGUUUGGGGAGCCUGAGAAUGGGAUGGCGUGGGCAAGGUAGGGGCAGAGAGAACGGGAAGAUGUUCAGGUGCUCGGUGAGUAGGACUUGGGCGCUGGUUGCCUGGCUGGGUUGUGGUGAUGUUCCCUGGAAUGGGUCACAUGAGCAGAGCAGGUGUUGGACUGGAUGACACAGUGGGACAUGGCUGGGAUCCCAGAGGCUGUUUCACACGUGUAUCUGGAGGCCCUGGUGAGUUCGGGGGGUAAAGGAGACAGGGAGCAGGGGUCCUGUGGGCGGGGAGGAUGGGUUAAUUUCCUCCAUCCUUCCCAUGCUCCCUUUGGCAGUUUCGGGCAUCAGGUAGAUUCCUGUUGCCUCUUUCCUUAACUUUCUUCCAGAGAAGUCCGAAACGGGCUUUAAACUUGUCUCUUGGAUUCUUUUUCUCUCCCUACAUUCAAAUGUCUAAUGCUGCUCUUGGACAGUAUUUGGGACCCGUUCAGUUCUUUUUUCAGUCUCCCACAGACUGCUCUUUGAGACCAUGUAUGUUCUUUCCUUGUGAGUGGGGAACUCACAGCCACCCUGUAAACCUGGGGCACCGGGGAGGGGGCUUAGUGGGUGAAAUAUCUGACUCUUGAUUUCAGCUCAGGUCAUGAUCUCAGGGCCGUGAGAUCGGAUCCCAUGUCAGGCUCCAUGCUGGGUGUGGAGCCUGCUUAAGAUUCUCUCUCUCCCUCUCCCUCCGUCCCUCCCCACCCUCGCUAGGCAGCUUUACUAGUCAUGCAGGUCUCUCUCCCAUGUCUGGGGCCUUGGCUGGGACAGCUGGGAUGACUUCAUGUGGCCUCUCAUCCCCAGCCAAAUAGCCAGGAUGGUUCCCAUGGUGGAGGCAGGGGUCCAAGAGAACCAAAGUCACAGAAAACUCCUUGAGGUCUAAGGUCAGACCUCAGACCUGGCACACCCACCAUUCCACCACAGUCUCCUGUCAAGUGACAAGGCCAGCCCAGAUUCUAGGGGAGGGCUAAUAGGCUCCACUCUUGAUGAAAGACGAUGCCAAGUCACAUGGCAGGGGGUGUGGAUUCAGGAGAAUCGGGGCCAUUUUCGCAUCCGUCUACCACCUGCCUGCUUGGCCAGACAUCCCGGUACAGAUCCCAGCCUCUAAAUCCUCAGUGGUCUCGGUCCUGCCAGCUCAGCUCUGGUUAGCCAUCUCACAAUUCCUCCUGGUGGCAUGCUUCUUCCUCUCUCUUACCUAGUCACCCAUUACCUGUCUCCUGACUCUACUCCAUCCGGUGGACAGCAACGCUCUGCACCUGCCUAGGCUGAUUAGUCUCCCUUCUG